AUGGCUCCCUAUCUGUUAUCCCUUAAGGAUCCUCGUAAUAGAUCAGCAGAUUAUUUUAUGAAAUACGUCGAACAUUUCAACAGUCUUUAUUACAAAUUUCAAAGAGUUGAUGAUUAUGAAAAUUUUGAAAGAUUUCAAUCCUUUCUUGAUAUUUAUGGAACCGAUGAAAACGAAACCUACUAUGAUAUAUUAAGAACCGUUAAAAAGCUUACACCAAAAUGUAGCGAUUUGAUUGCAAAAUGUUUUUUGAAUGGCAAGGAAAUUGAAUGCUUUGCAGAAAAUGCAUUUCAAGAAGGUCUCACUAUGUAUGGACCUUGUUGUAUAUUCAAUUCAAGAGAUAGCUAUAGACAACGUAAUUCUACAUUUCGUUUAAUAACCUCUGAACUGGGUCUAACGGUUUUGCUAAAUUCUUCACAUGAUGAUGAUGUAGUUUCUUUGCUAAAUAUGGACGCUUACGUUGUCAUCAUACAUAAUCCCAAUGAUUUUCCCGAUAUUAUAUCGGGCAGUGCCAUUGAAGUGUUUCCCAUGAAUAAUGAAGAAUCUUUUAUAGCGAUUAGAGCCAAGUUUAUGGAUACUGGUGAAGAGUUAAGAACAUUCGAUCCAUCUUAUCGUCGAUGCUAUUUUAAUGAUGAAUCACCCGAUCCUGAUCUACUUUUACGCAAUACAUAUACUUUUUCCAAUUGCAUAACACGCUGUCGUAUCCGUAGUAUUGGUGCCUUAUGUAGUUGCGUUCCAUUUUAUAUGCCUAUCGAAUAUAUGGAAAAAGUUGGAAAACCUUAUUGUAGUUUACAUCAUGUUGCUUGUAUGAAUCGUUAUAAUUUUAAAUGGCGUAACGUGCUUACAAAGCGCAUUAGCAUUUUGGGUUUAGAACGUGAAGUAGAGGAAGCCUUAUAUUGUCCUCAGUGUCUGCCUUCGUGUGACGAUACACAAUACGAUAUUUCUAUGAUGUCACUGCCUACAGAUCGUCUGGUGAUACCGAAUAAUGUGGGUGACGAUUUCAAUUUAAAACUGGAGGACCUGUCUGUGUUGCGUGUCUAUUUUGGUGAACCUACUGCUCUCUAUUAUAAACGUGUGAUUAGUAAUACCUGGGAGGAGGCAUUUAGUACUGUUGGCAAUAUUGUUUCAAUAUUUUUGGGCUUUUCUAUGGUGGCUGUUUUUGAAAUAUUAUUUUUUGUUAUAAAAUAUUUAUUCAUGGCUGUGAAAAUGUUUAUCAGCAAUAGUAAUCAUCAUUCGCAUCUACUAAAUAAUGGCAAGAGAGAGAAAACGAAAUCCACUAAAUUGUAUAUUUUACCAUGA